AUGGCGAUCGAUAUCUCAGAUGGAGCUGCUACUGGUGGUAGUACCACAGUGCCCGAGGCCAUGGAUAUCCAGUACGAGCCUGCUGGCACCCUCUGUGAUUUCCGCACCCUCUAUCAGACAAAGUCCGAUCAUUAUGGCAUGAACUCAUGGACCAAAGAAGUACCCGUCGACUUGCCUGAUACCGUCGAGGAUGCAGAGUCGGCACAAUACGCACUUCUCGUGAGGAAAAAGAAGUGCUACGAUGGACGCAGGAGUCUGUCCAUUCAUUCCAUUGUAGUGCAAAGCGAGCGUCUCAAAGAGUUCUUGAAAAAGGCACUGACAGAUUAUCCUGGUAUCACAACGACCUUGAAGCGGUUCGAGGUCACAUCGCCUUUCCGGCCUUUUGUUCAUCGAUGGGAAGCGAUCACCAAAUUGCGAGAUGAAGAGCAGGACCCGACAACCAAGGCUCAUGUGGAUAUGUUCUACCGCAUCAUGGAUGAGGAGCUCAGAGAUGUGAUUGACCGCAAGAAUGACCUGGUUGCCAAAGGGGUCAUCACUCACGACUUGGCUUGGACGAUCCUGGAACCUCAAGGUGUGGUCCUUUCUUCGAGUGGCGGGACACUACAUGCCUAUUCGUUCGCGCAAGCAUCUUCGGAAGAUGAACCAUCCGCAACUGAUUAUUUCGCGGUCGAAUACGUUGACUUUGACGGAAGCAAGUUCGGAUACGUAUCCUCAUUGAUUACAAUACCCAAUUUCCCGGGCACUACACCAAUUACCUCGUUGCCUAUCUAUCCACUCAGAUAUCACCCGGAAAAGGAUACUUGGGAAGCGUACAAGGGGUACCAUUUCAAAUCCUAUGAACCUUCAACCAGCACGGACUCCAAAAGUCAGGAUGGCAAUUCCAAGAGUCGCGUCAUCAUUGACAUGGAGGCAUACAACCUGAAUGGGCAAAAUGGGCGCAUGCGAUCAGUCCACGUUGAAAGGGAGAUUGAUGGGGAAUUGGAUGAUGCACAAUGCCUCAUCGCAACCCCAAUGCUCUAUGGAUAUUCUCUAAAUGACAAGGAAUGGGGUACUUUCCACGUGGAUCAUUUGAGAGACAUUGAGUGGGAUGAUACGGCCUUUGAGUCACUAGUCCUACCGCGCGAGCAGGAAGGGCUCAAGGAGGUGAUCUUGGCCGUUGCAAAGGCUCAAUCCAAGAAAGUGGAUGCAUUUGACGAUGUCUUUCGGGGAAAAGGCCAGGGUUUCAUUAUACAGCUCAGCGGUCCCCCAGGAGUCGGAAAGACCCUUACUGCCGAAAGCGUUGCCGAGGUCAUGAGAGUUCCUCUUUAUGUCAUGAGUGCGGGCGACCUUGGAGUUGACGCUAGAGGCUUCGAAACCAAAUUGAAAAGCAUCCUGCAGCUGGUUCCUAAGUGGGGCGCUGUUCUUUUGCUUGAUGAGGCUGAUGUCUUCAUGGAAGCCCGUGAUUCAAACAAUCUCGAUCGCAAUGAGCUUGUCUCCAUCUUCUUGAGAAUGCUUGAAUACUACAAAGGUAUUCUCUUCUUGACCACCAACCGUACACAGAAUAUCGAUCCUGCCUUCGAAUCUCGGAUCCACCUUUCCCUCGCCUACAGGGAUCUCGAUGCAGAAUCCAGACGUCAGGUUUGGACACAGUUCCUAAGCCGCUCAUUGAACAUUGAGGCCUUCACGGAGGAACAACUUGACCAGGUAGCCGAGUUGCAAUUGAACGGUCGCCAGAUCAAGAAUGUGAUCAAGACAGCCGGUCUUCUGGCGUGGUCCAAACGGCGUGAGAUUCGAUUUGAAGAUCUGAAGAUGGUGCUUGCUCUGAGAGAUUUGCAAAAGUAA